AUGGCAGCUGAGAUGAUGCUCCGGUGUGUUUUCGAAGGAAGCAUAUCAAUGCAAGACUGUUUGAUCGAACGGAGGCCCUACCAUCGCAACUGCCAAUGUGCAUUGCACAACCUCAAAGGGGUUUGUUUAUCUACUUGCACUUCUCGGACAACCAAUAUGUCAUUCCCUAAGAAACAGACAUGGGGUGAUUGUUCUUUGUGUUUGUCGGCUUCCAAAUUCUCUGCUCAAUCUCCUCUUCUUCCUGAUGCCUCCUUCACCAAUACCAUACAAAAUAUUGAUGCAGCCCCCGUUUUGAGUGAAACAGAAGCUCAGCACAGUCAAGUUUAUAGAUGA